UUCAAUACUGGCCUUUACCAUAUACACGUGUACUUGUCAAAAUCAUCUAUAGAAGACAGUUAAGUUUGCUUAGUGGAGGGUAUGAAGGUGUUACCGCUGACUGGCAGGUCUCUGCUGAUUCUCCUCUGCCUGUUAGCGACUACUGAGGCCACACUCAGCAAGAAAGAUAAGAAAGGGAACAAGAAAAAGAAAGAUGCGGACAAAGUGGUGCUACCUGUAACCACGGUGAUGGAGAGAGAACUCGUCACCAAGCAACCAAAGUGGAAGGAGAUUACGACCAAUCACAAGCUCUAUUCUAGUGCUCAUCAGAACAAGAGGCACUUCCCUGGACUCUCACUUGCCUAUGUGACACCGUGGAAUAGCCACGGCUAUGAUAUUGCCAAAUGGUUGGGAGGCAAGUUCACUCACAUCUCUCCAGUCUGGCUACAGUUGAAACACACGGGGAAUGGACAAUUCAUGAUUGGAGGAACACAUGACAUUGACCCAGGUUGGUUAUCUGAUGUGAGGGCUGGGGCCUCGAGUGUGAGGAUAGUACCGAGGCUACUAUUCGAGGGAUGGAGUGGUCAAGACUACAGGGAGCUGUUUGCUGACGAUGCUAGGAUGUUGAAAAUUGCCCAAGAGCUAAUAAAGACACUCAAGGGUCAUGGUCUGGAUGGCGCAGUGUUGGAGUUGUGGAGUCAGCUGUCAGGGCAUCACAAGAGUGAGCUGGCUUACCUGGUAAAGCUGUUAGCACAGGAACUGCAUAACAACAGUAAAGAUGUGUUUCUGGUCAUCCCUCCUUCUAGGAAAGGGUAUGCUGAAGUGUUUGGAGCUGCUGACUUUGAGAAGCUAGCCCCUCACAUUGAUGGUUUCAGCCUCAUGACAUAUGAUUAUGCACGCCCUGGUAGCCCUGGCCCUAACUCCCCUCUAGAGUGGAUGGAGGAGUGUGUGAUGACCAUUGCUCCUGAUCUAUCCUCACAACGACAGAAGAUACUAUUAGGGCUUAAUUUUUACGGCUACAACCAUGGACCUCGUAGUAUGGACGAUAUCACAGGCUCGGGUUAUGUGGCUUUGCUGACUCAGCACAAACCCAAGAUGCUGUGGGACAGUCACUGUGCAGAGCACCACUUCUCAUACAAGAGUGGCAGUGACAAGCAUGAGGUCUACUAUCCAACACUGAAGUCUGUACACUCAAGGCUGGAGCUAGCAGAGGAAUUGGGAACAGGAAUAUCAAUCUGGGAAAUUGGACAAGGACUCGAUUAUUUUUAUGACUUGUUUUGAUAUUCGUUGUAGUUAGUUACAAUCAUGUGUCCAUAUUGUCCAUAUUAGUGUAUUGUCUAGUGUAUUGUGUGUUACUGUGAGAA